AUGGGUCGAAAAGCUGUUAGUAUGGAUACAAAAAAGAAAAUUAUUAUUUUAUUUGAAGUUGAUCUUUCAAAAACGGUGAUUGCUCAACGAUGCAAUGUUUCACGAAAUUAUGUUGUUCAAACCAUUCGAAAAAAUGAUGAAGAACAUACUGUUUUAAGAAGACUCGGUGCAGGUCGACCUUCAAAACUUACUGAUAGACAAAAACGUGCAAUUAAAUUAGAGCAAUUACGUGAUGAUACAUUAUCACUCAAUGCUUUAGUCAGAUAUACUCAAACAAAUUUAGGUAUAACAAUCGGGCGAAGUACUGCUAGUCGAAUACUUAAUGAAUUUGAUAUGAUUAGUUAUGUUGCACCGAAGAAACCAAAAAUGAAACCAAUCCAACGAAAACGUCGAAUUAUUUGGUGCUAUGAACAUCGAGGUUGGUCAAAUAAUGAUUGGUCACAAGUCCUGUUUAGUGGUGAAUCUCGCUUUGAACUAGUCAAUAGAAACAACAGAAUCUAUAUUCGUCGUUAUACGCACGAUAAACAUCGUCUUGGACGACCAUAA